ACAUUCAUGUUUCUCAGAUUAGGGAUCCGGACGCUAACGGUCUCCAGAGUAAUACUGCCGAGGGCAUUCACGCCACUUGCCAGAUGCAACGUCGCUAUUGUGCGGGGGCUUGCCACUCAAAGCAACACCCCGUUGAGGGGUACUCCCAGAGGUAUCAAAAAAGAGUCACCUACGACAAUUCACGAAGGAUCCGAAAAGGAAAUUUCCGAGGCUUUUAGGGAAGCAAAGGAGGCGGCGACGGUAGUAGUAGCAGCUCCUUCUAACGAGGAAAUCAAAGUCGAUGCGCUAAAAACAAAAACCCCCAUCGGGGAAGCUUUCAAGCUCUCCCCCAAAGACUCAAACCCCAACGGCUGGACAGACAUCAAAAAACUCUUCCGCCUCGCAUACCCAGUGCGCGGUCAGCUCGCCUUUGCCUUUGCCUGCCUCUUCAUCGCCUCUCUUGUCUCGAUGUCGCUUCCACUCGUCAUUGGUAAGCUCAUGGACUCUGCAAACCAAGCUGAAGGCUCCCACAACGUCUACGGAAUCCCCCUCGCCAGUUUCUACUACCUAAUGGGAGGGGUCUUUGUCGUUGGCGCCAUCGCCAAUGGCCUCAGACACACCCUUCUCAAGGCUAUCGGCGAAAACAUCGUGUCCAAGCUUCGCACCCGGGUCUUGAAAAACGCUUUGAUGCAGGACGCGGCCUUCUCUGACACCAACUCCGUGGGUGACAUGAUCUCGCGGCUCUCUACCGACAGUCACAUUGUCGCGAAAGCUGUUUCGCAGAACGUCAGCGACGGGCUCAAGGCCGCACUUCUGGGAACAAUUGGGAUUGCUAUGAUGGUCUAUGUAAGCACCCAGCUUUCGCUUAUGAUGGCGAUUGUACUUCCGCCGUUGGCGCUCUUUGGCGCCUUCUACGGUCGCAAGGUUAGACUGUUGACGAAGCAGUUGCAGGAGCAGUUUGGUGAGUUGACUAAGGUUGCAGAAGAGCAGCUCUCCGCCGCCAAAACCAUCCAGUCGUUUGGCCAGGAGCGCCAGGCCGUGAACUUGUACUCGUCUGAGGUCCGGAGGGUCUUCAAUAUUGGGUUGCGCGAGGCGAAACUUUCCGGUGUCUUUUUUGGCUCCACUGCCUUUCUCGGUAAUGCCACCCUCUUGGCCCUUCUCGCAUAUGGUAAUGGGUUGGUUUCUUCUGGGGCCAUUUCCUUUGGUGACCUCUCUUCCUUCAUCAUGUACGCGGUCUAUACUGGGAGCUCGAUGGUGGGCCUCUCCAACUUCUACUCAGAGAUCAUGAAAGGCGCGGGUGCCGCGUCGCGUGUGUUUGAACUUCUUGAGCACAAACCAACUAUCAAGCCUACCAAGGGACUCAGAAUUACCGACCCGCACACCCAAUUGGGCGGCGAUAUUGUCUUUGACCGGGUCAGAUUUGCCUAUCCCACCCGGCCAGACGUCGCCAUCUUCCAAGAGUUGAGCGUCACGAUCAGAAAGGGCGAGCACGUGUGCUUUGUGGGCCCUUCGGGGUCCGGGAAGUCCACUGUAAGCGCGCUCUUGCUCAGAUUCUACGACCCACUCUCCGGCAGCAUCAGCAUCAACGGGCUUAAUCUCCGCGACUUGAACCUUUUGACCUACAGGCGCGGCCUUGGGGUGGUCCAACAGGAGCCAUUGUUGUUUUCCGGCACCAUAAGAGAGAAUAUCACGUUUGGCAGACCGCACGCGACCAUGGACGAGAUCCGUAACGCCGCCAGGUUGGCCAACUGUGACAAGUUUAUUUCGGAGUUUCCCGCGGGUUUGGAUACGGUGAUUGGCUCCAGAGGUGCCCAGUUGUCGGGAGGCCAGCGCCAGCGCAUCGCUCUCGCACGGACAUUGAUUACCAAUCCGGCGAUUCUCAUCCUAGACGAGGCGACCUCGGCGUUGGACACGUUGAGCGAAAAGGCGAUCAACGAGAAUUUGCUCUUCAGAAAGGCGCACGGCCAGACAACGAUUUCUAUUGCCCACCGCUUGUCAACCAUCCGAAAUGCGUCGCGCAUUGUUGUGUUGAACAAGGUCGGGGACGUGGUGGAGACUGGUGGAUUUGAGGCGUUGUAUGGCGAUGCCAAAAGCGAGUUGAACCGAUUGUUGCGGUCAAACAACGGAGAGUUGGAGGAGAGCGAGGUGAUCAAGGAAAGGGAGGAGAUUGAUAUGAGGAUUGAGCAUGGCAGCAGCCCCACUGGGCUUUCCUAGAGAAUUGGCGAUUGGGCGUUAGUGUCUGGGUCAACUAGCAUAUAGAGGUAUUAUGCAUGGGU